GGACUGUCAGACAAAAUGACUUUCAUACAAAGAGUCACAAAUCUUCCAGAAGUCAGAUAUAGUGACUUAUUACAGGGAGCAGACCUGUGGCUGAUGAGAGUGGACUUUGUGUUUGAGUUCCCUCGGCCCACCAUGCCUAAUGUUGUCUAUAUUGGAGGCUUCCAGUGUAAACCACCAAAACCUCUUCCUGAACACCUGGAGGAGUUCGUGCAGAGUUCUGGAGAGCAUGGGUUCAUCAUCAUGUCUCUGGGGUCUUUUGUGAGUGAACUUCCCGCUGACAUGACAAACCAGAUCGCUGCUGCUUUUGCUAAAUUACCCCAGAAAGUCAUCUGGAGGCAUAAAGGUGACAGACCAGCCACUCUGGGCAACAACACUUUGAUAGUCGACUGGAUGCCACAGAAUGACCUUUUAGGACAUCCCAAGAUCAAACUGUUUGUGGCUCACGGAGGAACAAACGGAGUUCAAGAAGCUAUUUAUCACGGAGUCCCAGUUGUGGGUCUGCCUGUGUUUUUUGACCAAUACGACAACCUGCUGCGUCUGCAGGAGAGAGGAGCUGCUGAGCUUCUUACAUUAGCCACAGUGGACAAAGACAACAACUUUGUGAAUGCCAUACAGGAAGUCCUGAAUGAGCCCUCCUACAGGAUGAACAUGCAGAGACUCUCCAGGCUGCACAGAGAUCAGCCGAUGAAGCCUCUGGAUACCGCCCUCUUCUGGAUAGAGUUUGUCAUGAGACACAAAGGUGCAGCUCACCUGAGGACAGAGUCCUACAGACUGCCCUGGUAUUCCUACCACUCCGUAGAUGUACUUCUUUCUUUUCUGGCUGCUGUUGCAGAGCUGCAGCAGUAA